CAGUGACGAGCGCGGCGGCGUUCAUUUAUCUGUUUAACGUUAUUGAUAAUGAACAUUGCUUUUUUCUUUUUCAUAUCUGCACAUUACAUAGCGUAACAUUGGUUUAUUUAUAGACAGAGUAUUUACAUUCAUUUGCUCGGUAGAUAAACUUUAACUUCUUACCACAACAAUACCACAAAACACUACAUGUGGUCGAAAUGAAUGUGCAACACCGGUUAUUGUGCCAAACAAUCAGAUUUUUAUUAGUGUAGGCGCUACACCCCCUGCCCCAUCAUGUUUUCCUUCCAUAGACCUAAGGUAUACAGAUCAUCUACUGGAUGCUGCAUCUGUAAGGCUAAGUCAAGCAGUUCCAGAUUCACCGACAGCAAAAAAUACGAAGAAGACUUCAUGAAGUGCUUCAAGCUCGCCGAGCCUAGGCAAGGCGAAAUCUGUAACGCUUGCGUUCUUUUGGUUAAGCGCUGGAAAAAGCUUCCCGCAGGAUCUGAUCGCAACUGGAAACAUGUCGUGGAUGCCAGAGCUGGGCCUGGAAUGAAAUCAAUGUCGAAAUUUAAAAGCAAGAGCAAGAAAAUCGACGACGCCGGUGACAAGAUGAAGAAGAAGAAACAUUUCGAACGCGAAUAUAGUCCGACUUUGAGCGAUAAGAGCGACGGCAACGAGGACGUCGAUAUGGCCGACGUCGAUUUCUUGUGCGAGGAAGGUCCCAGCGGUGGGUCGAGCCGCACGACGAGUCCAAGAGACAGCGAUUGCGAGGAGAACGUGAUCAAGAAUCGAAGGCACAAAGGACAGGCGAAGAAGCGAGACGGAAGUCUUCCAGAAGUUAGCGAUUUCAUCUGUUCGGAUUACUGGAAAAAAGAAACCGUAUGCUGCGGGACAAUCUUCAAAGGUAUGUGCGGUGAAGUAAUUGUAGACUACAGGUUUUUGAAAGCUUGUUCUGCGCGCUUGGAGAAGUGCAAAUUGCAAACGGCUGAAGUUAAGGUUGGAGCAGAAGCUGUCGAGAACAGCGCAACUAAAAUGUUCAGUGAUAGCAGUUCAGAUUCAGGUUACGACGAGUCUUCAAAUCAAGGCACAAUAAUAGGAGACAGUGCCUUCAAGAAAGAACAAAUUAGUAUAGAAGAAAUAAACAGUCAGAUUUUGAAAAACAAUUAAUGUAUGCUCUCUUUAGAUUGUUUUAAUUUAUUGAUACGUGAUCGUUGUGUUUGUAAAGAUUUAUGCCUUUCUUGCAGAGUUAAUCAGUUUUGGUCCGUUUUUUAUUGUUUUACCAGUUGAUAUUGAAUAAAUUAUUAUUGUUUAGUACUUAAUUAUUUCGAGUUGCGUAUUUGUAUUGCAUGAAUAUUUGGAUGCUACUUCUGUUGUGGUUUUUGUAGAUAUUCUGAAGAAACGCAUAAAUCGUUUUUCUCAUGUUGACAGUACAAAUUAUUGAGAAAUUGGUAAUUUCCAAUAUUUUUAACCCGCUCAAGCAGUCACAGGUUGAAAUAUUUGAAGUUCUAGCUUUUUGCUGUCUGUGACGAAAUCUUUUCGACGUGGAUUUUCCAAAUCAAUCUGUUGAUUGGGUCCAAAAGUCUGCAAACGACACCAUUUUAUUAUUAACUCGAUUCAAUCAAAAGAGGAUAAAUCGAUUGUUAAUAAACACAGAAAUAAAAUUUCUAUUUUUACAGAUCUUUGAUUGAUCACACAGGCCGUUAACUUACUUUUUUUUUUUUUUUUCAUUUCUUAUGUGAUAUCUUUAGUUGACGAUUUCUUACGCUAGGAUUUUUAAUGACUACUGCCUUCAAUACAUACGACUGACUAGAUGUAAUUCGAAUUCUAUUUCUGUGUUUACAUGAUUAUAUUUAACUAUAUGAUAUAAUGUUAUCUGAAGCAAUACAUAUAUAAUUUAAAAUCCGAUCAUAUCGUAAUUGUGGUGUCUUGAAUUUACUGCCAAAUACUAAAGUUAUGACACACAAGUGUUCCUCUUCUAAACACAAACUAUGCUAAGUAUUUUAGAAUAAAUUUUAUGUAGAACGGAUGUAUUUGUUUCAGGUAUUUGAUUUUUAGUAAUGGCAGCAUAUUUUCAAGUUGAGUCUGUAGUAGACGCAUCGUGAUUUCAUUCGCUCGCACACGUGGACGUUUUGUUUAUUAUGAUGUAAUUAUAUUUUAAAAUUUAUCGUUUUUUACAAUUUAAAACAUAAUCGUAGUGGAAUAUAAUUGAAAGAGUUUAUACAACCUAUUUAUUAUUUCGAAAUGUUUUUUUUUUCUUAGUUUGUAUAAUAGAGGGUAUAGUAUGCUUUAAGAGUUGCCUAUAGACUGCAAGCCUAGUCGUUUUUGUAUGGUGUAUAAUUAUUGCAAUUAUUAAUUGAAUCUCUUAUUGAGUUUGUCACUUCCACGAUUGGCAUUAAUUUUUGUUUAAAACAGAAAAGUACUAUAUUUAACUUAUAAAUAACUGCCAUGAAUUACAAAAUGUUCUAUAUUUUUUUACAUCACUGGAAUUGUAAGAAUAUACUUGUUGUAAAAAAGUGUAGAUUAUAAAUAAUCAAAGUGGAUCUCAGUUGUUUGUAAAAUGUAUACAUUCUUUAGUUCACGAGUUAUGAUAAAAGUAUUAUAUGUAUAUUCGUAAUCCUAAGACAUUUGAAUACUAUAUGAUACAGUUUGUUCAUUUUGAAUUUGCAUAAUAUGUAUAUUUGGCUAGCUUGUUUUUAUUUAUAUGAAUUUUAAAUUGUUGUAAUUUAUUUAAUAAUGCGACAACGCAGUUGCGAAGAAAAGUAAUGGAAUGAGGGUAAAUGUAGACUAUUUUUGAUAGAGAUCUGAACAUCAAAGAUUUUGAAGAAAUUUUAGGAUACAUCUCCAGCUAGCCAUUGCUGAGUUUCUAGAACCUUCACAUAAAAUAUUCUAAAUUUAUCAUUUUAUAAAAAAAAAGAAAAAUAAAAACCAAUAAAUUGUUGUUAGUCAAGCCAAAUUGUUACUAAUGCAAUAAUAUUAACAGCAAUUGUUAUAUGAAUAUCACGGAUGUUAAGGUUGAAGCUGUAAUAAAAUAUUUUAUAAAUGAGUGUAUGAAACGAAGUUUCAAGGCUUCUGAAGCCGUCUUUUAGCUAAGGACCUAAAUAAUCUGAUUGGUAUUACUAGAAUUGAUUCAUUAUUAGAUUUGUAGAACAUUUGUUUUGUCCGUGGUUAUUUGUGAAUUUUAUUGUAAUUAAAUGUUUCCAGUUCAAUGCAAUAUGUGAAAAGAUUAAUUCUGUAUUGUGUAUUUAUCAAUAAACUUUAAAUAUAUUUCUAACAUA